UAUGUCGCCAAAAUGAAACUUAAUGGGAAAUGUGUCUUUUUGUCCAAGUAGUAAAAGUUAUAAUCUUUAAAUUAACACAGCAGUUUCAGUCUCAAGGGAAGUCUAAUUGAUGUCCGUUUCACCUGAGUAGAUUUGUAUGACUCAUGUGACCCAUUACGGAAAUAAUAGUUCAGAUCGCCCCGACCAAUAAAUGGGAGGCGUCACAGUCCAGGUAAAGUAUCAUACAUAUAUACUUUGAUAACACAUAAGCCCCCUCUGUAGGUAAAAAACACGAUACGCAGACCACGUGCAUACAAGGAAAUACGUCCGAUAACUAACAAGAUUUCACACUAUGAUGUUUGUACGGCUGUUUUGUGUUACGUCAUUGUAUAUGACGUCACUAUGGGGCGUGAUUCAGGCAAUAAAAAUACAGGCAUUCAACGCCGGGUUAUUCGGACGAAUAGACAACUAUGAAGAACGGAAGCCAAACAUUAUCCGGGCACUGAAAUCCGGAGACUAUGACGUCAUGUGUCUUCAAGAGGUGUGGUAUGGGGACGACCUGGCCAUGUUGAAAGAAGAACUAGAUAAAAGCGUGUCCGUCUACUCGCCGCCUCUGUACCAAGAAAUGAUGUUUUUUGGUUGGGUAAAAGCACCCCCAUGUCACAACGCAAAAUCGACAGUAGCGUGUAUUGCGUGGCACUGCACUACCUUGGCGGACAACAGGGCAGCGUUUGUGAAUUGUGCUGCUGGCUGUGGAUUGAUGUCCAAAAGCCAGGGAUGCAUUUCUUGUUUAGCGUUUUCCGGGUUAAAUGAGAUAUUCCGCUGUUUUGACUACACAAAACGGGAGGCAAUCAACGCACCUGGAAUUGUGCUUCUCAGUAAGAAGAAGGUGAAAUCCGUCAAAACCGUUUUCUUUGAACCGGACGUAAAACAAAUCCUCAUACGGGCUUAUAUCGAGGCUGAGAUUGAGGAUGUAGGAACGGUCUUCUGCAGCCAUUUAACCUCAAACGACAAUGCAGAUUACUACGAACCAAACCUCAAAGACAAGUACGCUUCAUCAAAGGAUCAAAAUCUCGCGGACUCUCGUAAGCUAACGGAAGCAGCACGCCUGAAGAACAAACCUCUGAUCGUCGGGGAUCUGAAUACUAGUCCUGAAGUUACGGCCUUCAACGUCACCGCAGACUUCGUGGGUUCCUACAACCAUUUCCUGUCGGAGGGGUUUUCCUCGCCGUACGUUACCAUGGUGGGAAAAUGUACUUUUUGUGUUCCAAAUCCUCUCGUUAAGGGCUGGAUGUACAACAACAUUCUAGAUCACGUGAUGAUAAGAAAUCACACAGUCCUAAGUGCCAAGCGGAUUUACGACCAGAAUAUUCCUUAUAAAGACUAUCCGAUGUCGGACCAUUAUGGUGUGGAAGUAGAGAUUGCAAACUGAUAACAUGUGCUAAUUAAGGUGUUACUUUAAUUACGAUGUCACUAAUUAAAAUCAUCAGUGAAUCAUAUCGCCAUACACUACAUCACAUGACUUUCUACACUAUAUCACGUGACUUUUCUAUCAGGCAUAUACACGACCUUUAGAAAAGAUAUAUUGUGUAGAAGUUUUACAUGUCUGGAUAAAUUGGCUUUGAUAUAAAAUAAAUAGUUACCACGACAGCACACACAAAAGAGACUUUGAUCUGGAUGUACCCCGACCUUCAAAAGGAAUAAAAUUACAUGGCCAAUUGA